AUGAUCAUCCCGGUGCGUUGCUACUCGUGCGGUAAGGUGGUCGGCAACCUCUACGAGCAGUAUCAGCGGCUUUUGGAUCAGGACUACACGGAGGCCGAGGCGCUGGAUGCGCUGCAUCUGGAUCGCUACUGCUGCCGUCGCAUGAUCCUCUCCCAUAUUGAUCUGAUCGACGACCUCAUUCCUUAUAGCGUACCUGUGACAGGCACCAUGCAGAUGAUAGGGCCGCUGCAGAUGCCCACGCCGCACCGCCGCUGA